CGGUUCCAAGAUGGAGGAGAGCUGGUAGAGGUGGCGGCGAUUGCUGCUCGCUCCCCUCCCUCCUUCUCUUCCUCUUUCUCCGCUGGUGUGCGGCGGCUGCCGGUCGGGCUGGGCUUCGGGAAUCGGGAUCGCGCUCCACGGGAGGAUUGUAAACCGGGCAGUCCGAGGAGGAAGAGGAAGAGGAGGCCGCCGCCAUCGCCAUGAGCUGCGCAGAGGGGGCGGAGGACGCGGCCGGAGACGCCGAUAUCGCUGCGUUUUUCCGAUCGGGUUUUCGUAAAAAUGAUGAGAUGAAGGCGAUGGAGGUUCUUCCAAUACUGAAGGAGAAGGUUGCAUUCCUCUCAGGUGGACGAGAUAAGCGUGGAGGCCCUGUCUUGACAUUUCCAGCACGCAGUAACCAUGACAGAAUAAGACAAGAAGAUCUUAGGCGGCUUAUCUCUUACUUAGCUAAUAUUCCUAGUGAGGAGGUGUGUAAACGUGGAUUCACUGUGAUAGUUGACAUGCGUGGCUCUAAGUGGGACUCCAUCAAACCGCUGCUGAAGAUUCUACAGGAGUCAUUUCCUGGCUGUAUUCAUGUUGCACUGAUCAUCAAGCCGGACAACUUCUGGCAGAAGCAAAGAACUAACUUUGGCAGCUCCAAGUUUGAGUUUGAGACCAACAUGGUGUCCAUAGAAGGUCUUACCAAAGUUGUUGACCCAUCGCAGCUCACUCCUGAGUUUGAUGGUUGUCUGGACUACAACCAUGAGGAAUGGAUUGAAAUUCGUGUGGCCUUUGAGGACUUCAUAAGCAAUGCAUCACACAUGCUAUCCAGACUGGAAGAGCUGCAGGAAAUGCUAGCCAAAAAGGACUUCCCUCAGGAUUUGGAAGGAGCAAGAAAGAUGAUUGAUGAACAUUCACUACUGAAGAAGAAAGUCAUUAAAGCUCCAAUUGAAGAACUGGAUCUAGAAGGACAAAAGUUGCUACAAAGGAUUCAAAGCAGUGAAAGUUUUCCCCAUAAAAACUCAAUAUCAGGGAAUGCAGACUUUCAGGGCCUUGUACCAAAAGUGUCCAGUAUGUUGGACAGACUGCACUCAACCCGACAGCAUCUGCAUCAGAUGUGGCAUAUACGUAAGCUGAAACUUGAUCAAUGCUUUCAGCUGAGACUGUUUGAACAAGAUGCAGAAAAGAUGUUUGAUUGGAUCUCUCACAACAAAGGCCUCUUUUUGAAUAGCUACACGGAGAUUGGAGCUACUCAUCAACAUGCAGUGGAACUUCAGACACAACACAAUCAUUUCGCAAUGAACUGCAUGAAUGUAUAUGUAAAUAUCAACCGCAUCAUGUCAGUGGCCAAUCGUUUAUUGGAAUCUAACCAUUAUGCAUCCCAGCAAAUCAAGCAGAUUGCCAGUCAGCUGGAUCUGGAGUGGAAGGCAUUUGCAGCAGCACUAGAUGAGCGAAGUACCUUGCUUGACAUGUCUGCUGUUUUCCAUCAGAAAGCUGAGCAGUAUAUGAGUAAUGUGGAUUCUUGGUGUAAGGCCUGUGGAGAAGUGGAUCUUCCCUCAGAGCUGCAGGAUCUGGAAGACUCCAUUCAUCAUCACCAAGGUUUAUAUGAACAAAUAACGUUGGCAUACUCUGAGGUGAGUCAAGAUGGGAAGGUUCUGCUGGAUAAACUCCAGCGCCCUCUGACCCCAGGGAGUGCUGACUCACUAAUGGCAACAGCCAAUUACUCAAAGGCUGUUCACCAUGUGUUGGAUAUUAUUCAUGAGGUCCUGCACCAUCAGCGACAGUUGGAAAAUAUCUGGCAGCACCGAAAGGUUCGACUUCACCAGCGACUCCAGCUUUGUGUAUUUCAACAAGAUGUACAUCAGGUGUUGGACUGGAUUGAAAAUCAUGGAGAGGCUUUUCUCAGUAAGCACACUGGAGUAGGAAAAUCACUCCAUAGAGCCAGGGCUUUGCAAAAACGGCAUGAAGAUUUUGAAGAAGUUGCACAGAACACAUAUACUAAUGCAGAUAAACUCCUGGAAGCAGCAGAGCAGUUGGCUCAGACCGGAGAGUGUGACCCUGAGGAAAUUUACCAGGCAGCCCAUCAACUGGAAGAUCGAAUUCAGGACUUUGUGCGAAGAGUUGAACAGAGGAAAAUUUUAUUGGAUAUGUCGGUCUCUUUUCAUACACAUGUCAAAGAGCUCUGGACGUGGUUGGAGGAUUUACAGAAGGAACUCCUUGAUGAUGUGUAUGCCGAAUCCGUGGAGGCAGUGCAGGACUUGAUAAAGCGGUUUGGGCAACAGCAGCAGACAACCCUCCAAGUAACAGUAAAUGUCAUCAAAGAAGGGGAGGCCCUAAUCCAACAGUUGAGGGAUUCUGCCAUUUCAAGCAACAAGACGCCACACAACAGCUCUAUUAAUCACAUAGAAGGUGUUCUUCAACAGCUCGAUGAAGCCCAGGGUCAAAUGGAAGAUCUGUUUCAAGAGCGCAAGAUCAAACUGGAUCUUUUCCUUCAGCUCAGAGUAUUUGAACGGGAUGCAAUAGACGUAGGUGUCAACAGCAGAGAGAUUAUUUCAGACCUUGAAUCUUGGGGCGAUGAGCUCUCUCAGCAGAUGAAUGAUUUUGAUACCGAGGACCUGACCCUUGCUGAACAGAGGUUACAGCACCAUGCUGAUAAAUCCCUAACAAUGAACAACUUGACCUUUGAUGUCAUCCACCAGGGACAGGAAUUACUCCAGUACGUGAAUGAAGUACAAGCCUCAGGUGUUGAGUUAACCUGUGACAGAGAUGUUGACAUGGCAACUCGUGUACAAGACCUUCUAGAAUUUCUACAUGAGAAGCAACAGGAGCUGGACCUGACCGCAGAACAACAUCGUCGACACUUGGAGCAGUGCGUGCAACUCAGGCACUUACAGGCCGAAGUGAAACAGGUACUGGGCUGGAUUCGGAAUGGAGAAUCCAUGCUAAAUGCCGGCCUUAUUACUGCUAGCUCACUUCAGGAAGCUGAGCAGCUCCAGCGUGAGCAUGAGCAGUUCCAACAUGCAAUUGAGAAAACUCAUCAAAGUGCUCUUCAAGUGCAGCAGAAAGCAGAAGGGCUGCUGCAGGCUAAUCAUUAUGACAUGGAGAUGAUCCGAGAAUGUGCAGAGAAGGUGGCUUCCAAUUGGCAACAGCUCAUGCUCAAGAUGGAAGAUCGGUUAAAGCUUGUCAAUGCCUCAGUUGCAUUUUAUAAAACUUCUGAACAGGUCUGCAGUGUUCUAGAGAGUCUGGAGCAGGAGUACAAAAGAGAAGAGGAUUGGUGCGGAGGAACGGAUAAGCUUGGCCCAAAUUCUGAGUGUGAUCACGUGACACCCAUGAUCAGCAAGCAUCUGGAACAAAAGGAAGCCUUUCUCAAAGCCUGCACUUUAGCUCGAAGGAAUGCUGAUGUUUUCCUGAAGUAUCUCCAUAGAAACAGUGUCAACAUGCCAGGAAUGAUGAGUCAUGUCAAAGCACCUGAACAGCAAGUGAAAAACAUUCUCAACGAGUUGUUACAAAGGGAGAAUCGAGUAUUGCAUUUUUGGACCAUGAGGAAGAAGAGAUUGGACCAGUGCCAGCAAUUUGUGGUUUUUGAGAGGAGCGCUAAACAGGCUCUGGAGUGGAUUCAUGAUACUGGGGAGUUCUACCUGUCCACACACACAUCCACUGGUUCCAGCAUCCCACAUACUCAGGAGCUUUUAAAAGAGCAUGAAGAGUUCCAAAUUACUGCAAAGCAAACCAAAGAUCGUGUAAAACUGUUGAUACAGCUGGCUGAUGGGUUUUGUGAAAAGGGGCACUCCCAUGCAGUGGAAAUUAAAAACUGGGUUACAGCAGUAGAUAAAAGAUACCGGGAUUUCUCCCUCCGCAUGGAGAAGUAUCGUGUAGCGCUGGAAAAGGCACUGGGUAUUUCAGACUCCAAAGCUAGCAAAGACUUGCAGUUGGACAUCAUCCCUGCCAGUGCUCCUGGUUCAGAGGUGAAACUCCGUGACGCUGCCCAUGAGCUGAAUGAGGAAAGGCGUAAAUCAGCUCGUAGGAAAGAAUUCAUUAUGGCUGAAUUGAUACAAACUGAAAAAGCUUAUGUACGGGAUCUCCGGGAGUGUUUGGAGACAUAUCUUUGGGAAAUGACCAGUGGGGUCGAUGAAAUUCCACCUGGGAUUGUAAAUAAAGAGCAUAUCAUAUUUGGUAACAUGCAGGAAAUCUGUGAAUUUCAUAAUAAUUUAUUUCUGAAGGAGCUGGAGAAGUAUGAGCAACUGCCAGAAGAUGUGGGUCAUUGUUUUGUAACCUGGGCUGACAAGUUCCAGAUGUACGUAACAUACUGCAGGAACAAGCCAGAUUCUACCCAGCUUAUCCUGGAGCAUGCAGGAGCAUACUUUGAUGAAAUACAACAUCGUCAUGGACUAGCCAACUCGAUCUCUUCCUAUCUUAUCAAGCCUGUGCAGCGAAUAACUAAAUAUCAACUGCUUUUAAAGGAACUGUUGACCUGUUGUGAAGAAGGGAAAGGAGAAAUUAAGGAUGGCUUGGAGGUUAUGCUGAGUGUUCCAAAGCGUGCCAAUGAUGCCAUGCAUCUCAGCAUGUUGGAAGGUUUUGAUGAGAAUCUGGAAUCCCAGGGAGAACUAAUCCUUCAGGAAUCCUUCCAAGUGUGGGAUCCAAAAUCUUUGAUCCGCAAAGGCCGAGAGAGGCACCUCUUCCUGUUUGAAAUGUCGCUCGUCUUCAGCAAAGAAAUCAAAGAUUCUAAUGGAAGGAGUAAAUAUAUCUACAAACACAAGUUGCUUACCUCAGAACUCGGUGUCACAGAACACGUCGAAGGAGAUCAGUGUAAAUUUGCAUUGUGGAUUGGACGGACACCAACCUCAGACAAUAAAAUUGUUUUGAAGGCAUCGAGCAUUGAAAACAAGCAAGAUUGGAUUAAACAUAUACGAGAAGUUAUACAGGAAAGGACUAUUCAUCUUAAAGGUGCACUAAAAGAAGCAAUCCAUCUGCCCAAGCCUGCAUCUCACAAACAUAAAGGAAGGAGGGAUGGAGAAGAACUGGACAGUCAGGGAGAUGCAAGCAGCCAACCUGACACAAUUUCCAUAGCAUCACGGACCUCACAGAACACUUUGGACAGUGAUAAGUUGUCCGGUGGGUGUGAGUUAACAGUGGUUAUCCAUGACUUUGCGGCAACGAACAGCAAUGAGUUGAGCAUUCGACGGGGUCAAACUGUGGAGGUUUUAGAGAGGCCCCAUGAUAAGCCUGACUGGUGUCUGGUGCGUACAACAGAUCGAUCUCCAGCUGCUGAAGGAGUGGUUCCCAGCAGUGUUCUGUGUAUUGCACAUUCACGUAGCAGUAUGGAGAUGGAGGGUAUCUUCAACCAUAAAGAUUCGCUCUCAGUGUCCAGCAACGAUGCAAGUCCUCCUGCCUCAGUGACCUCACUUCAGCCGCACUCUGUAAGUACAACACAAAGUUCGCCAGGACCAAAACGCCCAGGUAAUACUCUGAGGAAGUGGCUCACAAGCCCCGUAAGGCGACUUAGCAGUGGAAAAGCAGACGGCCAUGUUAAGAAACUGGCUCACAAGCACAAGAAGAGCAGGGAUGUCCGGAAAAGUGCUGAUGUCGGAGCUCAGAAGGACUCAGAUGAGAAUGCAGCUACACCCCAGGAAGAAACCGUGGAUGAGAGACAACGGAAUGAAGGGCUCAGCAGUGGAACUCUGUCAAAAUCAUCAUCUUCAGGAAUGCAGAGCUGUGGGGAAGAAGAAGGUGAGGAGGGGGCAGACGCUGUGCCUCUUCCCCCUCCAAUGGCAAUUCAGCAACACAGUCUUCUCCAGCCGGAUUCACAGGAUGACAAGACAUCCUCACGCUUAUCCGUACGUCCCACAAGUUCAGAGACACCUAGUGCUGCAGAGCUCGUUAGUGCUAUUGAAGAGCUUGUGAAAAGUAAAAUGGCACUGGAGGACCGUCCAACAUCCCUCUCUGUUGAUCAGGCAGAUAGCAGCAGUCCAUCUUUCAACCCAUCUGAUAACUCUUUGCUCUGUACUUCCUCCUCCUCUCCUAUUGAUGAAAUGGAAGAAAGGAAAUCUAGUUCCCUGAAGAGGCGCCACUAUGUCUUACAGGAGCUGGUAGAGACUGAGCGUGAUUAUGUGAGGGACCUGGGGUGUGUGGUAGAGGGUUACAUAGCAGUGAUGAAAGAAGAUGGGGUUCCUGAUGAUAUGAAGGGAAAAGACAAAAUUGUAUUUGGUAACAUACACCAGAUCUACGACUGGCACAGAGACUUCUUUCUCGGUGAGCUGGAAAAGUGCCUUGAGGAUCCCGAUAAACUAGCUUCCCUCUUUGUCAAACAUGAAAGAAGACUGCAUAUGUAUAUAGUUUACUGUCAGAAUAAACCCAAAUCUGAGUACAUUGUGUCUGAAUAUAUAGACACAUAUUUUGAGGAUGUAAAACAGCGCCUUGGUCAUCGACUACAAUUGACUGACCUGCUAAUAAAACCAGUACAACGUAUAAUGAAAUACCAGCUCUUGCUGAAGGACUUUCUUAAAUACUCCAAGAAGGCUGCUGUAGAUACAACAGAACUAGAGAAAGCUGUGGAAGUCAUGUGCAUCGUACCAAAGAGAUGCAAUGAUAUGAUGAAUGUUGGACGCCUGCAAGGAUUUGAUGGUAAAAUUAUAGCCCAGGGGAGAUUGCUUCUUCAGGACACCUUCCUUGUUGCAGAUCAGGAUGCCGGGCUUCUUUCACGCAACAAAGAGCGGAGAAUCUUCCUGUUUGAGCAAAUUGCAAUAUUCAGUGAACCUUUAGAUAAGAAAAAAGGCUUCUCCAUGCCUGGCUAUUUAUUUAAAAACAGUAUCAAGGUGAGUUGCCUUGGCCUGGAAGAGAAUGUGGAUAAUGAUCCUUGUAAAUUUGGACUUACCUCGAGAUCUGCAGAUGGCAGUGUGGAGACCUACAUUCUACAAGCAUCAAGUCCUUCAGUUCGCCAAAUGUGGAUCCAUGAAAUUAAUCAAAUUCUGGAAAACCAGCGCAACUUUUUAAACGCUCUGACAUCUCCGAUUGAAUACCAGAGGAACCAUGUCGGCCCUAGUGGACCAAAUAGCUGUAGUGGAAUGAGCAGCACAAGCCGCUCCAGACCUUCUCGGAUACCCCAACCCAUCCGGCACCAUUCCCCAGUCCUGGUCUCCUCUGCGGCCUCGGCCCAGGCAGAGGCAGACAGAUUGACAGGUAUGUCCGCUCGCAACCCUACCCUGACGACACUCAACAGCACCCUAGAUUCUGGCUCCAGCCAAUCUGACAGGCACCUGGAACGAGAAGGCAGCGACAAUGACUUGGAACAGAUUCCUAGAACAAAAGUCCUUGAGAGCCCCAGGAAAACAUUAGGAUCGCUCACCAACACAGGAGAUGGAAACCUAAAAGAAUUACGAGGUAGUCUAGAAGAGAACCGGUCUCCGCGAGGGAGUGUGGGCUCCCUGACGAUAGGAAAGCAACGGCCGGCAGGCACCACUUCACCCCUGAGUUCACCGAUGUCUACGACGUUCCCAUCCUCUCCUUUCAGCAAAGAAUCCUUCCCUCCCAGCAGUCCUGUUCUCAAGGGCUCCUUCUGGAGCUCACACCCGGCUUCACCUGCCAGCCGCCCUGGUUCCUUCACCUUCCCAGGGGACGUGGACUCCCUGCAGCGCCAGGUCCACCGCCACUCCACGCACAGCAAGGACACUGAUCGUAUGAGCACGUGCUCCUCGACCAGCGAGCAGUCGGUGCAUUCCACCCAGAGCAACGGGAGUGAAAGUAGCAGCAGCAGUAAUAUCUCCACCAUGCUGGUAACGCAUGAUUACACCGCCGUGAAAGAGGAUGAGAUCAAUGUCUGCCAGGGCGAGGUAGUGCAGAUCCUGGCCAGCAACCAACAGAACAUGUUUUUGGUGUUUCGGGCAGCUACUGACCAGUGCCCUGCAGCUGAGGGAUGGAUUCCUGGCUAUGUACUAGGUCACACAACCAAUAUAAUCCCAGACAACCCUGAAGGAACAUUAAAAAAGUCAACAUCUUGGCACACUGCACUCCGUUUAAGAAAGAAAAAUGAAAAGAAGGAUAAGGAUAGCAAGAAAGAAGGAAAGCUAGAGAAUGGUUUCAGAAAGUCUCGAGAAGGGUUACCCAAUAAGGUAUCAGUUAAGAAUGCAAUCCAUAGAUCUCGAUCUUCUCAAAGAAAUUAUCUCCAGAAAUUCACAGGAAAUCUCCUGAAUCCUAAUUAUAUUUAUGAUGUUCCCCCUGAAUUCAUCAGCCCACUGACAGAUGUAUCCUGUGAGAUUGGGGAGACGGUUACUCUGAAAUGCAAAGUCUGUGGUCGUCCCAAAGCUAUGAUAACGUGGAAGGCCCCAGACCACAGCAUCUUGAGCAAUGAUGGCCGUAACAGUAUUAUGUACAGUGAUUCUGGUGAAGCUACACUUAAAAUAUUGAAUGUGACCACUGAUGAUGACGGCACUUACACAUGUGUGGCUGUAAAUGAUGUGGGAUCAGCUUCAUCUUCUGCAAUUCUGCGAGUUCUAGGACCACGUAGUGACGGAAGAAGGAUCAUCUGGAAGGAUAACUUUGAUUCUGUUUACACUGAAAUAGCAGAGAUUGGCAGAGGAAGAUUUUCUGUGGUUAAAAGAUGCGACCAAAAAGGAACGAAAGAGGAGGUGGCUGCAAAGUUCAUCAACAAAAAAAUGAUGAAACGGGACCAGGUUAUUCAUGAACUUGGAAUCAUGCAGAGCCUUCAGCAUCCCCAACUCAUUAGUCUUCUGGAUGUCUAUGAAACUUCAUCCAGUUAUAUAGUCAUACUAGAACUAGCAGACCAAGGUUGUCUUCUCAACUAUAUAAUAGAGUGGGGAAAUCUAACUGAAGAGAAGGUGGCAUCAUAUCUCAGAGAGACUCUGGAAGCUGUACAGUAUCUACAUAAUUGCAGAAUAGCUCACCUGGAUAUAAAGCCAGAAAAUGUGCUCGUGGACCUGAGUAGGGCCAAGCCACUCAUCAAGCUUGCUGACUUUGGGGAUACCGUGCAGCUAACUACAACAUACUACAUUCACCAGUUGCUGGGAAACCCUGAAUUUGCAGCUCCAGAAAUUAUUUUAGGAAAUUCUGCCUGUCUCACAUCAGAUAUAUGGAGUGUUGGGGUACUUACCUACGUCCUUCUUAGCGGAGUGUCUCCUUUUUUGGAUGAAAGUGUGGAGGAAACAUGUUUGAACAUUUGCCGGUUGGACUUCAGCUUCCCUGAUGAUUACUUCAGAGGGAUCAGUCAAGCUGCCAAAGAUUAUGUUUGUUUCUUACUGCAGGGAGAUCCAAACAAACGACCCUCGGCUGCAGUGUGUCUACAGGAGCCUUGGUUACAGUCAGGUAUCAAGAGAAAUACCGAAACACUAAACACAUCAAGACUGACUUCAUUCAUUGAGCGGCGCAAACAUCAGAAUGAUGUUCGGCCAGUUUGUAGCAUAAAGAACUUUUUGCAAAGCAGACUCUUGCCAAGAGUGUGACCCUAAAAAGGAGAUUUUUUUGCUCAUUCUCUUUCACCUGCCAAUAAAGUAGGAAACAGUGUCUUCAGCCAGUCAGCUGUUGAUUCCUUUAUAAAACUGACUGAAAAUAGGCUGCUAUAUUCAUGUGUCAUUGUGUGGAAUUGCAUACCAAGAAAUCUUGCAUAGACAGUACUUGGAAUUCAGUGCCACCAAUGCAACAUAUAAAGCUGGUGGAGAGGACCAUUUAAGCUCUACACAACCAGCUGGAUUCUCAUUAUUUUGACAGUAUUCUUUUCCAAUAGCUGGAAAAUGUUUUUCACACAUCAUCUUGGAAAAUGUAAAGAACAAAUCAUAAUUGUUAUAUUUCACAAAAAAGUCUGAAAACUUAAAUUUUGAUUACAAUUUAGCCAGCAAUGAACUUUUCCUUUCAUUUAUUUCCCCAAUCACUGAUUUUAAUCAAGUUUGCCACUGAAUAUUAAGUGGGCUCCCAGAAACCGUUUGAUUUUAAUUGUCAUAAACUGUCCAGUGGCUUCACUGAUGUAUCUAAAUUAUAAUUCCAUGCAUUUGGCCAGAUACGGCCCAGGUUUUUACUGCUGCAACUUUAACCAUGGAUCUUUUGCAUAUGAUAGAAACAAAUUCUGUUGCUCUGAUUAUGCAUAAGCCUUACUUGUAUAGAGACCGUUAUUUGCCUUCAGUCUGUAUUUUUAAUGCUGGUUUGCUAUUCUAGAACCCUCCCCCUGAGCCAAGCCGUAGACGCUCUUUUUAUUUCUGGAGGGGGAUUGUGGAAUUGCACCUGCCAUUCAGAUUGCAGAGCAGUUAAGGGGGAAUAUGUACUGUAAAUGCACUCAUUGUAUUUUAUGUUUUAAUUCAUAUCAUGUGCAAUGUUGUGGCUUUAACAUUUUAUGCAACUCUAUUUAUGAAGACUUCUGUUGUAUCUGUAAUAAAUAUUAAAAACACGUACUUCGUACUGCAAACUAUACAGUCAUUUCAUUUCUUUAGCGAGUUGCCCUUUCUAUCUGAUCGUGAUGAGUUGCGUCGCAACUUGGUUGUUGUGGAAUGCAAACUAUGCACCAAACAAAGUAUUUUAACUAUGUAAUAUAUUUAUGUGAAACAUAAACUUGUACUGAAAUGAAACAAAUCUGCAUGUGAAAGAAAACAAGAAUUCAAAACUGGAUGUCUUGACACAAAAACUUCACAUUUUUAUAAAUGCAUUAUAGCCUCUUCAUCAUUUUAAGUCUACUUUGCAUGUAUAUUUCUUUUGUACAGUAUUGAUUGUUUUGCUGAAUGUGUUGUAAAUAUUUUUCUCUGCCAUCCGUUACAA